GCUCAGGGGAACAAGAGUGUGACGACAUAGGGAAAGCCCCAGGGUUGGCUAGAGAAGGUUGAGGCCGCUGGCUCAGCUAGCCAGAUUGUGAGAUUUGGCGUCCUGGGAGGCAGAGCUUAACAGACUCCACUGCGUCUCUGUGCUCAGCCGCGGCCAGCCCCGCUCCCCAAGCCAUGUGCCUCCUCCAGCUCCUCAUCCUGAGCAGCGCAGCCUGGUGCUUGGCGCCGGCGACUCAGGUGGUGGAAGUGAUUUGUUCAGAGGAUGCUCUCCUGACUUGUACAGUCCCCUGGAACCCUCAGACCCCAUACACGAUGAUCUUCUGGCAUAAGAUUAAUGAACAAAGUGGAGAACUGACCAAGAUGCUGGGGAUGAACCUAAGCCUUAGUGAACAAUUCCUUGAUCAGAAAGAGAUAAAUGGCUCAUUAGAGGCCUGUCCUUCAGAAAAGUGUUCCCUAAAGAUCCAGAACACUACCUGCCAGCAUGUUGGGACUUAUAGAUGUACUUUGUGGGCACCUGGAGAAGAAAACAGCCCAAGUGACACAGUUGAAUUGAAAGUGGCAGGUUGUACCAUAGAACCUGAAGGUGACAAGUAUAAGAAACACCGAGCUGAAGUUUUCUUGCUGUUGUUUCUUGCGAUGUUUUAUGUAUUUCUCAUCGUUUUUACCUGUAAAUUUGCAAGACUACAGAACAUAUUUCCAGAUGCCAACAAACAAGGUAUAGAACGAACUUUUCUCCAUGUCCGCUUCCAAAAUAAGAAAAGUGUUCAACAGAUGGGUCCAACAACAGGUGAGAAGAUAGACUUGGUCUGAGUUUUCCUUCCAUGGGCUGUUUUUAGAACACCAAUAAUUUGCAACCUUUCAUGGUUCUUUGGGUCAGCCAAAAGAACAAAGACACUCCUGUGAAGGGGGCAGCAUUGCUAAGAUCACCAUUCUUGAGAUGACUGAGAAUGGGUCCACAGUGCCCAUCUAGAACAUGCCUUAGGAUGGACCAACCCAUUGUUCAUGUACUUUUGAGCUUCUGAUGCAGAGCUUUGGAAAUAUGGAAACAUCAUCUCUCAGGAUGAUCCCCUACUACCAACAUCUCCUUAAGGAUCUCCAUCAAGCUGUGUACUCUGCUCAUUGGCCAACCACGUGAAAAAUCUUCUCCUUUUGGAGAAGGUGAGUACUGACCUAAGGACUUCUUAUGGCAGCUACUCAGUGAGACAUUGUUGACAAAUGCUUUUAUGAAAAGUGAAUGUAUGAGACUUGCUCUUGCUUGGGAUUCCCUAAGGGCAGACAGCUAUCUGCCCAUAUCUCAGAGGGACAUCUUGGAAGCUGCUUGAAUUUUGUUACACCGACAUAGAUGUUUCCUGUGUUGGAGAAGACUGACAAGUCUCGAUACGAGGUGGUGGAAAUAGCUAGUAAAUGACUCCCUGGCUUGAAGGCCCCACCGUUAUGCGUAUUAUGUGUACAUUGAAAUAACAGGUCAAUGAACCAAUUUUCGGUAAUGCCUUUUCAUCAGGGAAAGGCAUUUUCAAGGAAACUGUGAAGAAAGAUGCCAUGUUGGAAGAACACAUGCCCUUUAGGGGAUACACACAGACAUACACACAGAGACACAGAGACAUCCAGCCCUUGGUAGUUAGUAAGGGAAUUUUCAGGCUGGAAUCACAAAUCUCCUAUGGAGCCUGUGCCAAUUACUGUGUCUCAUGCCAAAACUUGGUUCUCUUCUCUGUUGUUUUACCUGAGGUCAUGAAGAAAUUCUUCAGAGCUAAAAGCACUACCUAUGCUAAUGUACAAGUGUGAUAAGGAUGCCAAGUUGGGGCAGUUUUACUUCCUAGUUCCCUGAUGCAACAUUUAUGUUAUUAAGUGUGAGGGCUCUGGGUCAGAAGGCUCUCCUGAAAAGAAUUGGGGAGAAGGGGGAGAAAGAGGGAGGGAAGAUGGAGAGAGAGAGGGGAAAGAGAGAGAGAAAGAGAGAAAGAGAAAGAGAAAGAGAGAGAGAAAGAGAGAAAUGGAAAAUGGCUCAGUGCCAUACAUAUUACUUAACACAUUCGUAUUACCUUUGUACCUGUAUUCCCCCCUGUGCCUUUCCCCUUCCCGGUUUGUCUUUGUAUCCCUAGUACUUAGCACAGUGCCUGGAAUAUAGUAGGAUUUUAAUAAAAUUUAUUUUAAUUGAA